AUUCGACAGUCGUCGCACGUUGCAACACACGCACUCGAGGAUCAUGCAGCGCGACGAGGAGCAAGAAGCGCUGCUCUCGGAAGCUUCCACAAGCGUUCGUCAAAGCGCUUUCUACAUGAAACGGGCGAUGGACGCUGGAACGACGGCAGCAGACAUCGCGGUGGUCCUCAAACAUGCCGCGGACUUUCUGCGUGAAUUGCGCACGUCCCUCUUGUCCCCGAAAAACUACUACGAGUUAUACAUGCUGGUCGUGGAAGAACUGCGAGAACUAUCGGGGUACGUGGAUACACUUCGGCCGUCGGUAAAUAUGCGCACAUUGUACGAACAAGUGCAACAGAGCGGCAACAUCGUCCCCCGUCUGUAUUUGCUCGUCACGGUCGGGACCGUGUUCAUGCGACACGAUGCGUCCGUCACGAAGGACAUCCUUAAGGACCUGGUCGAAAUGGUCAAGGGUGUGCAGCAUGCGCAACGCGGUCUUUUCCUCCGUCACUACCUCGUCGUGUCGGUGAAGGAACAUGUGAACUCGGGCGUGGACGUCCUGGACGCAAUGUCAUUUCUUCUGCAAAACUGGGACGAAACGAUCCAGCUGUGGAUUCGCAUGCAGCACCAAUUGAGCAUUAAGGACAAGAAACAGCGCGAGAAAGAGCGGCAGGAGCUCAAGAUCCUCGUCGGGACGAGCCUCGUGCGGUUGAGCCAGCGGGACGACAUCACGGCAUCGCUGUACACAACCUCGCUUCUGCCCAAGAUAUUGGAGAUUGUUGUCAAAGCUAAGGACAAGAUCGCGCAGGAAUACUUGACCGACUGCCUCAUCCAGGUGUUUCCGGACGAGUUUCACUUGGACUCAAUUCACUUGUUUCUCAACGCCAUGGGGAGCCUGCAUCCACAGGUCGACGUGAGCGUACCCGUCGUGGCACUGCUGCAGCGCCUGGCCAAAUACCAUCAUGCGACCCCGAACCACGUGUUCCCACCACAAGACCAACUAUUUGACACGUUGUUUCGAUGCGUGGAAAGUGCGAUUACCCAGAGGGAAAGUGACAUGUGGAGUGCAUCGCUCAUGCUCCUGUACGGGGGCGUGAUGGAUUUUGCCCUCGCGUGUUUUCGCAACCCGCUGCCGUACAUUUCUCGCACCGCCGCCUCCGUCACGGCAUUUCUCGUUCGCGUCAGAAUGCGUUCGGAGGCCGUCGUCGAGGCGGGCGAACGACUGGCACUUGUGCCGCUGGAGGGCCUUGGGGCAGCUGCGCUGGAAGAUUCAUCGCUGGAAGCGAGUGUGGUCGCAACGUUGCAAUGGCUUCCUGUAUCCAAUCGCAAGAAAGUUGCGUACCGCUUUUGUAUGAGUGUCAUCAAGCGCCACCAGACCAUUAUGGAACCCGCGACAGUGGAAAAAUUGUUUACCCUAUUGCUGCCACUCAUUCGAGACGAACCAAACCCGACUGAUCUGUCUCUGCCAUCCAAGAGCACAGUCGAGCGAGAACAGCAUGCACUAGCCAAGCUGACCCACCUCCUGGUGCAUCCGAAUCCAUCGACGCAAUUCCAGAUGUACAGUCAUGCGAGGCGGCUGCUGGGCCAAGGUGGCCUCGAGCGCAUACGAUUCACACUCGUGCCGUUGGUGUUUUUGAGUCUACAGUUGACUCGCCGUGUGUUUCAAGCAGAGAGCGACGGCAACACGUUGGACGUGAGCACCCGUGCGAUUUUGCAAUUUGUGCACGAAAUGGCCACCGCGUUGGCGUCCGGUCCAUUGGUGGAAUCAACGCUGUCGCUGAACGUCUUCUUGCAAUGCGCACUGACAGCCGACCAAUGCCGAUUGGAGGCAAUCGCGUACGAGUUUUUCACGCAAGCGUUUGUCGUGUACGAAGACCAGCUGAGUCAAUCAGCGCAGCAGGUCGCGGCGUUGGAGCUCAUGCUGGGUGCUCUGAGUCAGUGUCGAGACGCCACGCAACCCAACUACGACACACUCGCGACGAAACUCGCGCAGUACGUCGCCAAGUUGCUCAAGAAAAAGGAACAAACAGCGAUGGUCGCGACGUGCGCGCACUUGUUUUGGCGAAAAUCAACCGAGGCACAACCUGUGGGACAUGGCGUGCGCGUGCUCGAGUGCUUGCAGCGGGCUCUAAAACUCGCCGACAGCACUGGCAUGAGCUCUGGCGCCAAAGUCGGGCUCUUUGUCGACAUCCUGGAUGAGUAUCUCUAUUACUUUAUCGGUCGCACCCCCGAGGUGACCAAGCAAUACGUGGUGGGGCUGAUUGCGCUCGUGAAAGAACACUUGGAGAACAUGGAGCCAGGGCCAGAGCGAGCAGACGUGGAGACCCACUACCGCAACACGCUCAAGUACAUUGAAGGCGUCGAGUUUUAAGGCGUCGUCGUCGCGAUGGCGGCCCCUCCUAGCAAGAUCGUGUACACAGCGAGACCUCGUAAGGACAAAAACUUGAGCACGGCGUCUCGCACGCGUUGUUUUUCAGCUCGUUGCAUGAACUACACGAGAAUACAUUGUCACGUGAAGGA